AUGGACAUAACUCAAGGCAUUUCCGAAGAGGAUGAUCUCUUGAGUCUGCAAGAGGAGAUUGAUGAUAUUGUGUAUGAACCAGCUUCUGAUGAUGAGGAAGCCAUGCAGGUCGAUGAAAUAGAGGAUGUGGUGAAGAAGCCUAUUGCAGUCAAGACGCAGCAAGCUAACACCGUGAAAGUUUCACAUACUACAGCCACAACAUCUGUCGGUACUGUAUCUCACUGUGACAACAAAGUUCCCCCCUCAAAGAAAGCAAAGACAACACACAUGAAGUCUGAACACCCAGCGUCCACCACCAGUGCUGGGCCUAAGGGGGAUGGCAAUUGGGUGGAACUAGUGUCAAAGGCGCAUUCAACAUACCUGAACACUGAUCUUCCUCCAGGUUGCCAUGAAGAUGGAAAAUGGGCCAGGCAGUUUUUACCAACAGUCUUUCUCUGGCUCAGUGCUCAGGAUGAACUUUGGACAAUUACUGAUGCAAAACUUCUUCAUGCAUGUCAGGAAAUUUUCAAGGUUGUCUUCCCAAACAUUCAAUACAAGGUUGUAACAUCUGGUUCAGUUUUCAGUGUAGUCACUCAGCAUGUCAGUGAAUGGCACAGCAACUUUGGAUUGACUGUGCUCACCAUGGUGAUUGAUUUUCUAAAUUCAAACAGAGACACUUCUCCGCAAACACUCACAAGACUCUUCCUUGAUGAAUUUGCAUUUCUGUACCCUGAUCCUGAGAAUAUCAACAAGGCUGAAACCUUCCACUCUGCUUUUGUGCAAGAGCUGCUCGCUACUGCACAUCUUGCCCAAAUUAUUGGGCAUGCUGAUGUUCCUGCACUUGAUACCAAUACUCUAGCAGACAGUGGCAUCACUGGCGCCCUUGGAUUGUGUGCAGUCUCACUCAAACACACCUUCACCCUUGUCACUGACAACACCAUUGUUGUUGAUAAUCCUGAGGCACCUGUUGCAGGACAAAAGGCUUGUUUAAAGACACCAAAGUCCUUCAACAAGGUAACCAGAAAGGAAAUGGCCACUGAGCAUGCAUUCUCAAUUGCCAAGUGGGGCCUGAAAACUGCUUCAUUCAUUCAAGGGGCAAAUAAGAAGGGUGUGGAAUCAAUCUGGCUGACAAUGUCCAUGGCCUACAAGUACUUGAAGAAACCUGGCUUCAACAAUCACAACAGCCUUGACUCAGUGGAUGAGAUGGACAACUGUGCAGACAUCUGGUGA